AUGACUACAGCAGAAAAUGGUUCAGAAGUUAGAGUUCAUAUCUUCUCAGGAGAGAACCUUGAUUUCUGGAUUAUUAAGAUGGAAACCAUGUUCAUAUCACGUGAUCUAUUGAGCUAUGUAAAAGAAGGCUAUGCAAUUCCAGCAGCUGAAGGGAUGACAAAUGCUCAAAGAACUGAGCUGAAGGCAAAUAUCAAGAAAGAUGCAAAAGCUCUUGGUAUUUUGCAAACCACAGUCACAGAUGCUAUCUUUCCAAGAAUUGCAAAUGAGAGAACAGCCAAAGGAGCUUGGAAUGUUCUAAAGGUGGAGUUCAAAGGCUCAGAUAAGGUGAGAGCUGUUAAAGUUCAAUCUUUAAGGAGAGAUUUUGAGUAUACUAGAAUGAAUGAAACUAAGCUUCUGAGUGAUUAUUGCACUAGAUUGAUUGAUUUAGUUAACCAGAUGAAAACCUAUGCUGAACCUAUACCUGAAAAGAGAGUAGUACAGAAGAUCCUUAUGAGUUUGAAUAGGAAGUAUGAUGCUAUAGCAAGUAUUAUAGAGGAGACUAGGGAUAUAGACACUCUUGGUGUACAGGAUUUAAUGGGGACACUUAAGGCUUUUGAUCAGAGGUUGAUGAGUCAUGAUGAACCCACAGAAAAAGUCUUUCAAACACUAAGCCUAAACACAAGAAGUAGUGAGCCAUCUAGUUCAAAUUCCAAACAGAAAAAGAACUGGAAAGGAAAAGGCAAGAAGUGGGAGGGUAGAUCAGAUCAGUCAGGAAAAGGAAAAAAUGAAGGAGGUAGUAGUUCAAAUUAUUUGAAGUGUUCAAUCUCUGAUAAGAUGCAUAUAGGUGAAUGUUGGUUUAAGGGGAAACCAAAAUGUUCAAUUUGUAACAAGUUCGGUCAUGUCAAGAAGGAUUGUGACUACAAGGGAAAUCAACUGGCUAGCUGCAGUGAAGAACAAAGUGAUAAUAGUAUGUUUUGUGUCACUUAUGCUGCAACCACUGCAGUAAAUGAGAAUGUUUGGCUUGUUGAUAGUGCUUACAGUAAUCAUAUGACUGCAAAUGCCAACCCUCUCUAUGACAUUGACUACAACAACAUUACAAAGGUGAAGAUGGCAAAUGGAAUGUUGGUGGAUACAAAAGGCAAAGGAAGUGUUGUUGUUGAAACCAAAAAUGGAAAAAUGUUCAUCAAAGAUGUAAUGCUUGUUCCAAAUCUUGAUUCGAAUUUGCUAAGUGUUGGACAACUCGUUGAGCACAAAUAUCACCUGCAUUUUGGUGAUGACAUUUGCAAAAUCUUUGAGAAAGGGAGUAGCAAGAAGCUGAUGGUGGAAGUUGAAAUGAAGAGGAACAUAAGUUUUCCUCUGACUCUCAAGUAUGCAACUGAGAGUGUAAGAAAAAUGGAGCUGCAGGAAGAUCCUUGGCUCUGGCAUCAAAGUCUUGGACCUUUGAAUUUUCAAAGUCUGAAGCUGCUGCAUCAGAAUGAAAUGGUGCAGGGAUUGCCAAAAAUUAAAGAAGUCACUAAAGUGUGUGUAUGA